AUGUCAUCGAUCGGCUCCGGAUAUGAUUUAAGUGCUUCCCAAUUUUCUCCUGACGGUCGCGUCUUUCAAGUUGAAUAUGCCAACAAGGCAGUCGAAGCAAGUGGAACUAUCGUCGCACUACGAUGCAAAGAUGGUGUUGCAUUUGCAGUCGAAAAGAUCGUCACCUCUCGUCUAUAUGAAUCGGGUUCCAAUAAACGAGUCCAUAAUGUUGAUCAACAUAUUGGAAUGGCUGUAGCUGGUCUUCUAGCAGAUGCUCGACAACUCUUAACUGUCGCUCGUGAUGAGGCUAAACAAUAUAAGCAUGACUAUGGAGUGUCAAUCCCGGUGAAAUAUCUAGCUGAUCGACUUGCUAUGUACAUGCAUGCUUAUACACUGUAUGGAUUUGUUCGGCCAUUUGGCUGUUUCAUCCUCUUGGCUGCUUAUGAAAGUGAUGGUCCACAACUGUAUGGCGUCGAACCAUCAGGUGUGACUUAUAAUUACUUUGGUAUUGCUGUUGGGAAAGCACAACAAACAGCGAAGACUGAAAUUGAAAAAUUGAAGCUGUCAGAAUUAAAAUUGGAAGAUGGAAUCAAAGAAGCAGCAAAGAUUAUUUAUCAAGUUCACGAUGAAGUCAAAGAUCGAAUGUUCGAGUUAGAACUCAGUUGGGUGGGAAAGGUUAACGAUGGCAAACAUGAACGGGUACCAACAAAAGUCUUUGAAGAUGCUGAAAAAUUCGCUAAAGCAUCGUUGGAAGAAGCAGAUGACGAUGACGAUGAAAUCGAGAACGACUGUUGUCCUCAUAGACGGGAACAUGUCGUUUCUUUUAAUCAAGAUGAUAAAGAACAAAUUUUUACACACUCACUGAUGAAUAAUAAAAAUAACAAGAAAAAACGAAAUUUUUCUCGAGAUAUAUACUCAAUUCCGAGUGGCAGCGACAAGAAACGAGAACAUUUGAGCUAACAAACAUCGAAGAAAUUGUAUGAAGUUGUUGAUGAUGCUCAUUCGUUGGAUGAAUGGAAAACACAGAUGGUUUGUUUAAUUAAUGAAAUUGUUCAACUGAAAUCAUUGUAUUCGUCAACGACAACAAUACCACAACGUUGUACGAAUACUACAUCUCUCGAUCCUGUCGACUGGUCAUCGGCCAAGAGCGUCGCUCAUCAAACGUUGGAUGCCACUCUUAAUUGCAUCCAAACAAGACGUGAUAAACCAGUAUGGCAGCCGAUUCCAGACGAUAUUCGAUCAGUUAUCAAUGACGAAUCACUGCCUAAACACGGCCUAACACUCGCGAAAGUAUGUGACGAUGUAUGCAAUUAUGUCCUACCGUAUGCAAGAGGUAAUACACAUCCUCGGUUUUGGGGUUGGGCGAUGGGUGAAGGUACGCUUGGUGGCAUAUUAGCUGAAAUGUUGACAGCAACAAUAAAUAUAAAUGCUGGCGGAUGUACGCAUAGUGCAGUUCUUGUCGAACGAAAGGUUAUUCAUUGGAUGCGGCAAAUAUUUGGUUUUCCCAAGACAGAACAUGGCGGAAUAGUUGUUAGUGGAACAUCGAUGGCUACAAUUGUUGCUUUGGCGUCGGCACGUCGUCGAUUGUUGACGAAUGUCCGAGAAGAUGGUAUCGUUAAUGCGCCACGUUUGAUAGUUUAUGCAUCGACCGAAGUACACAUGUGUGUAAUCAAAGCAUUAGAACUGCUAGGUAUGGGAUCAAAGGCCAUACAUUUCAUUUCAGUUGAUCAUGACUUUCGUAUGAAUAUUGACGAGCUCAAGGCAGCGAUUGAUGACGACCAAAAGAAUGGCUUUCUUCCAUUUUGUAUUAUCGGAAAUGCAGGUAUGGAUGUGAGUCAAACUGUUUCUGUUCACUUUCGCUUGUCCAUUCCAGGAACAGUUAAUACUGGCGCUUUUGAUAAUCUUUCCGAGAUUGCAUCGAUUGCACGAACGCAAAAUCUCUGGUUUCACGUCGAUGGUGCUUUUGGUAGUUUGAUUAUACUCGAUCCACAGCGACGUCAUUUAGUACAUGGUAUAGAACAGGCCGAUUCUUUAGCCUUUGAUUUUCAUAAAUGGCUUCAUUGUCCUUACGACGCUGGUUGUGUUCUCAUUCGGGAUGGCAAUGAUCUUCUAUCGACAUUUUCUGUUCAUCAAUCUUAUUUGGCAAAUACGGAACGUGGCUGUGCCGGUGACAAACCAUGGUUUUGUGAUUUAGGAAGCGAAUUAUCACGUUCAUUUCGUGCGUUAAAAGUAUGGGUUACAUUAAGAGAACAUGGAACAAUCAAGUUAGGUGAAAAGAUUGGCGACAAUUGUGAACAAGCGCAAUAUUUAGGUUCUCUAUUAGAAAAACAUGCAUCUCUCGUACGUGUCAUCCGUCCAAUAACAUUAAACAUCGUCAAUUUUCGGGUGGAACCCGAGGAAUUGGAUAGAUCUAACGAAGCUCUAAUAGAUGUGUUCAAUAAUGAACUUUUAGCUGAUAUUCAAAUAUCUGGUAUUGCAGUUGCAUCAACAACUCGUAUUCAUAGGCGACUUUACAUUCGCGUCUGCAUUAUCAGUCAUCGUACUGUUCUAGAAGAUUUCGACAUAUUUGUCAACAAUCUUCUCGAUGUGUGUCGCACUCGUCUACACAAUUUGAAUUCAUCUGCGAACUAA